AUGUGUCCCGGUGCAGACCACACGCCGAAUGGGCACGCCAAUGGCGCCAAUGGUGACAAUUUUGAGAACCACAACGGCUAUACCGCCAUCGAGACCCGCCAGAACCCUCACCCGUCCCCCCCGGUGACCCGGAAUCCCUACGGCCACAAUGUCGGCGUCACCGAUUUCUUGAGCAAUGUCUCGCGCUUCCAGAUUAUCGAAAGCACCCUGCGAGAAGGCGAGCAAUUCGCCAACGCCUUUUUCGACACCGAGAAGAAGAUUGAAAUCGCCAAGGCCCUAGACGACUUUGGUGUGGACUAUAUCGAAUUGACGAGCCCCUGUGCCUCGGAGCAGUCGAGGAUGGACUGUGAGGCCAUCUGCAAGCUGGGUCUCAAGGCCAAGAUCCUGACUCAUAUUCGAUGCCACAUGGAUGAUGCCAGGAUCGCAGUCGAGACCGGCGUUGAUGGUGUCGAUGUCGUUAUUGGCACAAGCUCUUAUCUCCGCGAACACUCUCACGGCAAGGACAUGACCUACAUCACCAACACUGCCAUUGAAGUCAUCAACUUUGUCAAGUCCAAGGGCAUUGAAAUCCGAUUUUCUAGUGAAGAUUCCUUCCGCUCCGACCUCGUCGACCUUUUGUCCAUCUAUUCUGCCGUCGACCAAGUCGGUGUCCACCGAGUCGGUAUUGCCGACACUGUCGGAUGUGCCUCUCCUCGUCAAGUCUACGAGCUUGUUCGUGUGCUUCGAGGUGUCGUCCACUGCGACAUUGAAACCCACUUCCACAACGAUACCGGCUGCGCAAUUGCAAACGCCUUCUGUGCUUUGGAAGCCGGUGCCACGCAUAUUGACACUUCCGUUCUGGGCAUCGGUGAACGCAAUGGUAUCACGCCCCUCGGUGGUUUGAUGGCCAGAAUGAUGGUCCAAGCCCCCGACUACGUCAAGUCCAAGUACCGCCUGGAAAAGUUGAAGGACUUGGAAGAUCUCGUCGCCAACGCCGUUGAAGUCAACAUUCCCUUCAACAACUACAUCACCGGUUUCUGUGCCUUCACCCACAAGGCCGGCAUUCACGCCAAAGCCAUUCUCAACAACCCCAGCACCUACGAAAUCAUCAACCCGGCCGACUUUGGCAUGACCCGCUACGUGCACUUCGCCUCGAGGUUGACUGGAUGGAACGCCAUCAAGUCUCGUGCCCAGCAAUUGAAGAUGGAAAUGACCGACGCCCAAUACAAGGAAUGCACGGCCAAGAUCAAGGCUCUUGCCGACAUUCGUCCCAUUGCCAUUGACGAUGCGGACAGCAUUAUUCGUGCCUUCCACAACAACAUCAAGCAGGGGACCGACAAGCCCCUUCUCGACCUGACCGAAGAGGAAAAGGCCCAGCUGGCUGAGAAGGAGAAGGAGCUUGCGCAGGAGGGCCAGGCUGUCGCUGCCUAG